AUGCAGCUCUGUUUCACCUUCAUCGACUUGAAGAAGGCCUUCGACUCAGUUGAGACGGAAGCGGUCGUGGAAGCCUUGGACAACCAAGGCGUCCCUACUCAGUACAUAAAGGGCGAUACAAUCUCACCCAAAAUAUUCACAGCCACCCUCGAGAACGCAAUGCGAAAGUUGGAAUGGGACGACAUGGGAGUGAAGUUUGAUGGUCGGCAGCUACACCAUUUGCGCUUUGCUGAUGAUAUCGUAUCGAUAACACCUAGCAUCAGCCAAGCGGAACGAGACGAUGUUCAUACGCAACGGAUGGGUCCCGGAUGCCCCAUUCUCGCUCAUCGGAGCGAUCAUAUCCGAAUGCAGCUAAGUUAUCUGGGUCGGGAAUUGAACAUGAAGAACGACCUAACCCGAGCUGGGCAGGAAGAGACGAGCGGCUUGGGAAGCAUAUAA